CUCUGCCAGUCAACAAUCAUACACUUAGCUUCAACACUCAACUAAAGAUCCAUAACUCCCCGCAGAAUCGGCUAUCGACAGCCCGUCCAUCCAAAUGAAGCACUUAGGGCUCAGUCUCUACAUCCACUACAAGGACCAUAAAUACCAGUCUCAACCACCUCCCAAACAUAGCCCCAAACCCAUUCCCCAUAUCCCAUACCAAAACCAACCAAAAUGUCCAACAACCCCUCCUUCACCGACACCGAUGACUUCACCUCCACCUCCCGCGGCUUCAUCGCCGCCCUCGAACCCCCCAUCAUCACCUCCCCCCAAGGCAAGCCCAUCUGGGACCUAACCAGCUACACCUUCCUCUCCGCCACCUGUCCAUCCACCGCACACCCCAACCUGUGGCGCCAGGGCCAACUCACCGCCAAACACGGGCUGUACGAGAUCUGUCCUGGCAUCUACCACAUCCGCGGCUACGACCUGUCCAACAUGACGAUCGUCGAAGGCGCUAGUGGCAUCAUCGUCAUCGACCCGCUGAUCUCGUGCGAGUGCUCGGCCGCCGGACUAGCGCUGUAUCGUGCGCAUCGAGGACACAGGAAAGUCACGGCGUUGGUGUAUUCGCAUUCGCAUGGGGAUCAUUAUAUGGGGGCUGGGGGUGUUUUAGAUACAGAGAUAGAAGGAGGGAAAGUGGGAGAGGGGAUUCCGAUCCUCGCGCCAGACGGAUUCAUGGAAGCCGUCAUGAGCGAGAGUAUUCUCGCAGGACCGGCGAUGCGGCGGCGCGGGGCGUUCAUGUACGGGAAUGCGCUGCCGAGGGGGCCUUCAGGCCAGAUCGGCACGGGACUAGGGCUGGGGUCGAGCGUGGGCACGACGAGUCUGAUUCCCCCGACGGUGUUGAUCCAGCGGACGGGCGAAGAACAUGUGCUGGACGGCGUGCGGGUCGUGUUCCAGAUGGUUCCUGGCAGCGAGGCCCCCGCGGAGAUUAAUUUCUUUUUCCCGGACUACCGCGCGCUGUGUGUGCCGGAGACGGCGACGAACUGUAUGCAUAACGUGGUGACGCUGCGGGGGGCGCAGGUGCGCGAUGCGAAGGCGUGGUCCGGGUACUUGGACGAGGCGAUUGUGCUGUUUGCACGCGACGCGGACGUGCUGUUUGGGAGUCAUCAUUGGCCGACGUGGGGGAGAGAAGCGCUGGUGAGGAGGCUGGAGGAGCAGAGGGAUUUGUACGGGUAUAUGCAUGAUCAGACGGUGCGGAUGAUGAAUCUGGGGUGGACGGGGGUGGAGAUCGCAGAGCGGAUGAGGCUGCCGGGGCGGAUCGAGAGGGCGUGGCAUUGUCGCGGGUUUUAUGGGAGUUUGAGCCAUAAUGUGAAGGGCAUCUAUCAAAAAUACAUGACCUGGUUUGACGGCCGGCCGGAGCAUCUGUGGCAGUAUCCGCCCACCGAGGAGGGCCAGCGUUACGUGGAAUGCUUUAAUGGUGUUGACGGGCUCUGCGACAAGGCGGAGACCUUCAUUCAGAAGUGCGAUUAUCGGUUUGCGGCGACGCUGCUGGCCCAUGCGGUGGCUGCGGACCCGGAUUCGACGGAGCCACGCGCAAAGCUGCUGCUGGCGUCGGUGUACGAGCAGCUAGGGUUCGGCGCGGAGAACGCCACCUGGCGCAAUUUCUACCUCACCAGCGCGCAGGAGCUGCGGAGUGGGAAGAAGGCCGGUAUGGUGGCCGGGGGACGGACGGCGUUGGGGGAGCAGCUGAGUAUCGACCAGUGGUUGGAGAUUCUGUCGGUGCAGCUGGACGGGGAGAGAGGGGCGGAUCUGCAGUUUGCGAUCGAUUUUGAGGUCACGGAUGUCGGGCAGCGGUGGAGGCUGAUUGUGAGCAAUGGGGUGCUGACGAGGCGAUUGCUGGACUCGGCGGCGCAGGUUCAGGAGGCCAGAGAGCAUCCGGCGGACUAUGAGAUGGUCUUGACGAAGACGCAGCUGUUGGAGGUGAUCCGGGGACACGAGGUCAAGCCGGAGAGGGAGAGUGGUCGGCAGGAAGUGUUGCGGCAGUUGUUGGAAUUGAUCUUGGUGCAGGAGGGCUCAUCUCGAGGGCCGAGUCAGUUGUAG